CAUAUGGAAUCAUGAGAAAAUCUUUAAGAACAGCCUUGUCAAGACAUGCAUCAUUGCAUUUCUGUAUAAAAAGCUUUCAACAUGUGAUAAACCAAUUGUACGUGGCAAACGCAAUUCUUCGCAUAGCCAGCUCAAGAUCAUACCUCUCUUUCUCUCUCUCUUUCUUGGCUCACAAAAUGGAAUCCAUGUCACAGAAACAGGCUAGAGGAAGGUUACAGCUUCCAACAAGACAAGCACUAGGUGAGGGCAGUAGGGUUAGAAGAAAUAAUCAAGUUGUAUCGAUACCUCCUAGGCCACGCUCAACUUGUACGUGCUCAAACCGUCCGGGGUCGGUCAGGUGUAGCAAGCAUGGCUACAUGGUGCCCGGUGACAAGUUGAUCAGAAGACAUCAAGCAAAUAAAGAGAUAUUAAGAAGGGCAUUAGCACCACCAAAUCGGAGGUUAACCCUUCGGUGGUUUAACUUCCGGCCAACGCCUAGUCGGCUUUCUAACAUGUCCAUGGCCUAGUUAAUUUGCAAUAUUUCGCUUCUUCUUUUUUUCUUCUUUUGUGAGUGAGUGUGAACAGAUGGCUGUUCUGUAUUUUUCUCAAAAAACGAUUUUGUCUAUAUAAGAACUAAUUAACAGCA